AUGGCAGACCAGUGCAUCGUCUGUCUGGAAAACCUGGACAGUGCAGUCCCUCUUCCGCAAUUGCAGCGGCAGUUGGAGGAUGAUGAUCAUGGCGGCGGCGACCCUGCGGCGGGUGGUGGUGGUGGUGCUGCACCAGCAGCAGCAGCCAAGAGCACCACCACCUCUGACGUCUCCCUGGCAGACCUGCCAGUGGCGGUAGCCGGAGCCACCCUCACUUUGUCUGCGAACGGCAAGGACAAAACACCAGAAACAACAGAUCCGACCACCGAAAAAGAUGAUGCCGAUGCCAACGAUAACAAUAUUGCAAUCAUCCAGGUCUGCGGCCACAUCCUGCACGACUCAUGCCUCAAGGCGUGGACCGUCAAGGCCAAUAGCUGCCCCAUUUGCCGCCAGACCUUCCACAACGUCCAGGUCUACGACCAGAUUGGAGGAACUCUCUUGAGCUCUUACGAAGUCGAAGACAAGAAACAAGUUGCCGAGUUCGACCCCCUUGCCUGGCUCGACGAGAACCCAGAGGAAGAGGAUGAACAAGUCACACCCUGCCCGGUCUGCAACACGGCAGAAAAUGAAGAAGUCCUCCUACUUUGUGACGGGUGUGAUACGCCAUAUCACACCCACUGCAUCGGCCUGGAAGACGUCCCAGACGGCUCCUGGUUCUGCAUGGAGUGUGCUCACCAGCUCGGCCAGGCCAUAGAGGAGUCUCUCCCAGCCUUUGCCCGGGCACCUGGCCGCAGAAACCGCCGCACUGGCUUCUUCCCCCGCACCCGCGGCAGCAUGCGGAAUGAGAGGAACAGAGGCCGUACCGACGGCUGGCUCGGUGCGUGGGGCGAGGUGUCGGGCCACAUUCUUGGCGGCUCCGGUAUCGACGUCGACUUCCACGAGGCAGACGAUGAUCUUGCCGAGUACCGAAGAUCACAGCAGCUUCGGGACAGGGAGAGGCGCGAGUGGCAGCGCUGGCAGCAACGACUCAGCAUAGCGAGCCGACUCGGAGCGCGAGACGUCUUUGCUCGCAACAUUCAGGGUGUGGUGGAGCAGCAGGUUGCACCGCCGCAGCCCGCACCAGUGCCUCCGCGCGAGGAGACCCGGGAGGAACGCCUGGCCUGGAGUGCCAUGGAGAGGGCUCGAGAUGCCACUCCAAAUGGUCGGAAGAGGAAGAGUCGAUCCACCACGGCAUCUCCACAAGAGCCAGCCCCAGAACCUGAACGUCGGCUCAAGCGUCCGCGAACCAGGCGGAAUCCACUGCAAACUGAGGCUGGGCCAUCGAGGGCAGGUUCAGCGGCUUCCAGCAGCAAUAACAACAACACCAUCACCACCACCAACAACAACAACAAUCAGCGAGAGGUAAACGGAGGUCCUGUGGAGGCUCGCUCCCCACCCGCGACAGAAGGGCAGCCGACUUUUCUUUCAUCACUCUUGCGAGAGGUCGAGAUGACAGUUCCGAAUGACGACGACACAAUCCGUGGUCUCUUCGGAGUCCCGCAAUCAGUCGACCCAUCGUCACCAGUCAGCUCACCGUCAGCAUCGGCUCGUAACAGCCCCCGAGCACUAUCACUCACGCCCCCACCGCAGCCCCCUCAAAACGGAGCUUUCAGGUCGGCCUCGCGGUCACCUGUCUUGUCCUUGAGCUCGCACAUCGAGCCACUGUACCCGCCAGCGAACUACUCACCAACGAGAUCGAACGGGGAGAGCAGCGACUCGGACAGUCGACCAAACAACGGGUAUCGGAAUGGGUCGCCGGAGCUGAGACAGCCUCGCCCGCGACGGCAGCACGAGAUCCGGCUGCCCCGCGCGGAGGACACAUCGCCGACGCGGCAGCCGCUUCCGCUAGAAGUCAAAGAAAACAUCAGCCGAGUUGUGCGCAACGCACUCAAGCCACACUGGAACGUCGACCGCUCCAAGCGCACACUGUCGUCCGACCAAUACGCGACCAUCAAUCGCAAGGUGUCCCACAGAAUUUACGAAGAGGUGUUGGACCCAUCGGCGGUUGAUGACGAGGCCAAGCGGGCGUGGGAGAGGAUAGCAACCAAAGAGGUGGCCCGCGCGGUGGCCGAACUCAAGACCUGA